UCUGUCUCCCGCCUCGGGGGUCUCGGGUCAGCAUGGCACAGGCCAGUGGGUCCCCACUCCGCAGGGCUGCACCCCUGUCCCGGGCGCCGGCUCCGGGUACCAGCGCCGUCAGCCCCGCCCCUAGGGCAGGGGGCGGGCGUGGAGACGCCCAGGGGGAUGCUGAGUGACGGCGGCGCAGGCCGCGCUCCGACGCGGCCACAUCUCCCCCCGCUGUCUCGCCCGCCAGGCGCCGCGUCCUCAACGUCCUCCCCUGUUCGCAGCCCGGGCUCCCAGGGCACCGGCGGCCGCCCGCGCCGACGCAAGGCCUCGGGGACGGAGGCUCAGAUUUCAAGAUGGCUCCAGCCGCUCGCGUCGGCGGCCUCGCGCGCCUCUUCUGGGAGCUGUAGUCCGGUCGGCGCGCUCCCGGCUCUGCGCAUGCGGGGAGUGGCCGGGGCGCCCCUCGCCCCAAAUCCUGCCACACGCCCGGCUCACGGCGGCUGCGGAGCGGAGAGCACGAUGGCGCACAGCGCAGCCAGCCGCGUUCACCCGCUAAGGCCUCACCUGAAAGGCGCACCGUCCCCACAAGGAUCCUCCCGCCCCUGCGGGAUGUUCCCAGGCUCCUCCUCGCGGGGAGGAGACGGCCGCACCCCCUCCCCUCGUCCUCGUACAGUGCCACGUCCUCCGCGGGCGCAGCCAGGCAGCGCCGCUAGGUACCGCUGCGCGCCGCCGCCUCCUCCCGGCAGCCCCGCCCCGCCCGGGUUCCAAGGCCCCGAGGCUGCCAGGCGGGCGGGGGAACGCUUGGUGUCCGGAGGGGCGGGCGGGGCGGGGCCGCGCAACCCUUACCUGGAAAAAAGAGUAGACGAGUGUCUCUCCCGCCCUGGGGGUGGGGGAAGGGUAGCACCCUUGGGCGACUUGCCCUACUUUAGACGAAAAAGAGCGCCGAGCAGUCACCUGAGACAGAGUCCGGCAAAUACGGUGUGAAUCUGCUUGACCAAGAUUGUGGGAAGAGAGAACAGCAAUGGGCUUUUCCAAGGACGCAGCCACCCGCGGGUAGAUGAAGUGGCCCUCCACUGAGGUCUCUGUCGCUCACGUAGAGGGCAGUCAUCAUUUUAGGACAGGGGAGGGGCAUUAUUUUAGCACAGACAGGGGAGGGUAGAUAAACACCAGCGCAAAACACGGAACUUCUCUCGGCAAGGGCUCAAGGGCCUGGGAGUGCGGCCCGCGUCAGAAAGAGCUGGGAACUGCACUGACCCGUGGGAACCCCGUCCUCCUCGGCUCUGUACAGGGGGAGGUCCUCCACCCUUGGGUCUAAAAGUUGGGUUGCACACAAAGAGGAGGGAAGCUGGAGCACUGGCUGGCUGGAAUGCAGUUACCUCCGGCCAUUCCUUUCAUGAAGAAUUCUGGGUGGCUCACGCCUGUAAGCCCAGCACUUUGGGAGGCCGCGGCGGAUGGAUCACAAGGUCAAGAGAUCGAGACCAUCCUGCUCAACAUGGUGAAACCCCGUCUCUACUAAAAAUACAAAAAAAAGUUAGCUGGACAUGGUGGCACGUGCCUGUAAUCCCAGCUACUCAGGAGGCUGAGGCAGGAGAAUUGCCUGAACCCAGGGGGCGGAGGUUGCGGUGAGCUGAGAUCGCGCCAUUGCACUCCAGCCUGGGUAACAAGAGCGAAACUCCGUCUCAAAAAAAAAAAGAAAAGAAAAAGAAUUCUCUAUUCUCUUCCUGGCUUGAGAGGCAUUCAGACACGACAAGAGGAACAACCUCAACAAUCACUUGCAGUCCUCUAGAGCAGGACAUUUCCCACUUCUAAUCAUGCUAAAUUUUGACCUUGAAAGCUAAGGCCAGCCACAUCUAAGUUUUUCUGAACCUCGUCCCCAGGACAGAGCCCAUACUCCUAAGCUUGAAGAUAGCCAACUGCCAUCUAUGAGAGUUCAUAAUAAGCCCCCAAACGUCUUCCUGAAGACUAAAUGAGAUGAUUUUAAGGAAAUGCUUUAAUUGUGUUUAGCUUAUUAAAAAUAGCUAAUAUUGUUUUAAUAUGAAUUGGAAUAUUUUAAGUAAUUUAAAAACAGUAUGGGUCUCUGCCUACAUAAGAUUGUAUUGUUCUCUUAAUCACCAGAGCAAAAUCUAGUAGCUCCAUUGUAAGAGAGAAGGACAGUCAAAGCUUUGGGCUUAUUAGGCGAUAUGAUUUGAAUACAUGGCCCCACGAAAUUUCAUGUUGAAUUGUAAUCCCCAGUGUUAGAGGUGGGGCCUGGUGGGAGGUGUUUGGGUCGGGGGGUGGAUUCCCUAAUGGGUUUGUACUACCCUUGAAAUAGUGAGUGAGUUUCUCUGAUAUCUGGUCAUUUAAAAGUUUGUGGCGCCUCCAUGGCCCCAUCUUGUUCCUGCUCUGGCCACGUGACCUGUUUGCUCCCCCUUCACCUUCCACCAUGAUUGUUACCUUCCGGAAGCCUCCCCAGAAGCCAAGCGGAUGCCAACACCGUGCUUCCUAUAAAGCCUGCAGAACUGUACGUGAACUUCAAAGUCGGAAGAAAUGAAGCAACAUGCUUUGGAAUCUGUGGUGAUCUAUAGAAAGGCAAAGAGUUUCCGGACUUACCCUGACUGAUGGAAAGACAGCCUGCCUGCCAAGACACUACUCUGCUGUACCCAGUCUUAAGUAUAAUCAAGAGUUCAUUUUUUACUGUCAAUGCAAGCCACGUUUUCCUGUUAGGCAAAUGUGAAUGAAACAAAGUGCUCUUCAAGAGCAAACCCUGAAUUAUACUUUGGAUUAUUCUCUGUUCCUCAAAAAGAUUUUGCACCUGAUUGAUAGUCUCCAAAUUUUAAUGACAGUAUAUAGACAGCUUGGUGUAGAUAUACAGGUCAAAACAAAUGAUGAAAAGGCAAUUUGCCAUUGAAGAAUAUGUUUGCUGUAAGUAAAGGUCAAUAUACUGAGAAAGCUAUACAUAUCUAGGCUUUGAAAAACAGAUGGGAAUAAACCACUCAGCAAUCAGGAAAUUUGAAUAUGGCACUCUGUUGUUGAACUAUUUUCUCUGGAAGAAACUAUCUCAAAGUGGAUAUAAGCUAUUGUACUAGAAUUAGUUCCUACAUGAGCAUUUGGAAUUAUGAAAUAAUGUAUUCCCAGCAAAAAGAUCACUGGCAUAUAGAUAAUAAAACUUGAAAAUAAAAAUUUAAAAAUAAAACUUAGAAAAAUUAUGUAUAAUAAA